AUGGCGCCCCUGUCUACGUUCUCACUUCCUCUCCUACCAAGUGGGCUGCCCGCUGGAUAUGGUUGGGAAGAACGCGAUGUGUCGGUAUUAUCGACGACUACUGCAUUCAACACCGGGGUAGAUAGGCGGGACACGUUCCUUGGUCAGCGUCGCUGUGUCGUCUGUGGGGAGGCCGGUGGCGCGGUGCUCCAGCAUUGUCACAUUUCAAAGGAUUCAGAGCCACAACUUUGGUUCAGCCUGAAGGCUCGUAAUUGGAUCCCUUCGCAGGCCAAAAGUCUUCCUCGGCAUGAACCGCGCGGUGGCCUGCUCAUGUGUAGCAACCAUCACCUCUUUUUCAAUGCUUAUGAUUUCUUCAUACGUUUCUUCCCUGAUAUUCGCAAAUUUGUGUUCGUCAACUAUUCCGGUGACCCUGCUCUUCAGCGGUUCCAUGGCAAAGCUAUUGCCCUUGACAUCAGGGAUCACCACGCGCCCUUCCCUUCCCUGUUCAUCAUCCAUGAGAUGCGCGUCCGUGGAUUUCAUCCCUUCCAACCUGUCGCUCCUGCCAUGCCAGAUGAUAUCCAUUGGCAAGACUGGAUCUCGUCGCACAGCGUGUUCGACGAUGUCUCAGGUACUUUCAAUCGUGACGGCCCACUAGACAACAGCAACAAUCUAUCUAUGCAACCACAGACGCAGUCUCAGCCUACGACGACGAGCACAGGUAGACGUGCGCUAGCACUGAAUGCAGACAUCAUCUCUGACAUCCUUGCGGCGACGCAUGCCAUGCCGUCAUGGAGGGCGUGCCAGAUGGAGGGCACGAGCUGGAGUGGCACGGCAGAGGAAAACAUACACAAAUAUGUCUCUUCCAUUGGCGUACAAGAUCGUCGACCUUGA